AUGCCGCUCGGAACAAUCUACACAUACCCCAACAACACCCGUAUCACCAAAAUCCUCGCAGCUGCCAAUCUCAACAACCUAACCCUCAUCUUUGCCCCAUUCGAACUAGGGAAAACCAACCACACGCCAGAGUUCCUGUUGGCCUUCCCCCUCGGCAAAAUACCCGCGUUCACAUCCGCCAGUGGCAGUGUAAAUAUCGUCGAGUCAGAUGCUAUCGCGCAGUUCGUCGCUGAGAACGGUCCUGCCGUAGAGCAGCUACUAGGCCGGACUACUAAGGAAGAGGCUGCGCUGAAUGGCCUAGAGAGAGCAUUAGGCUGCUUGGAGACGUGUUUGGAAGGGAAGACGUGGUUGGGUGAUGGGGAGGGGGUGAGUCUGGGGGAUCUUAGUAUUGCUUCGGCGUUGGUUCCAGGGUUUAUAUUGGUUAUUGGUGAGGAGAUUAGGGGCAGGUUUCCAGGUGUUAUGGGGUGGUAUGAGAGGGUUAUUGGGGUGGAGGGUGUUAGGGAGGCGUUUGGAGAGAAGAUUUUUAUUGAGAAGAGGCAAAAGUCCCCCAGUAUAAGGUAA